CUAGGGAGACAGACAAGUUUACAAGUCGUGGUUCAUUUCUGAUAUAUGCUGUGUUCCGAUAUGUGGAGACUGUCUUUCCGAGAUUCAAUAGGAUUUUAUUUCACAAUGGUCUAGUAGCAACAGGAUCAGCCAUGCAAAAAUAUCGAAUCCUGGGGAAGAAGGGCGAAGGCACGUUUUCUGAGGUAUUGAAGUGUCAAAACAUAAAAGACGGUCAGUACUAUGCAUGCAAGAAAAUGAAACAGCAUUACGACAGCCUUGAGCAUGUCAACAAUUUACGGGAAAUACAGGCUAUGAGAAGACUAAGUCCCCAUCAAAAUAUUCUUGAACUCCGAGAAGUAAUUUUUGACAAGAAGUCAGGUACACUGGCACUAAUAUGUGAAUUGAUGGAUAUGAAUAUAUAUGAACUAAUUAGAGGAAGAAGACAUUACUUGCCAGAACAGAAAAUAAAAAAUUAUAUGUAUCAAUUAUUGAAAUCAGUUGAUCACAUGCAUCGGAAUGGUAUUUUUCAUCGAGAUGUUAAACCUGAGAAUAUUUUAAUUAAAGAUGAAGUAUUAAAGUUAGCUGAUUUUGGUUCCUGUAGAAGUGUUUAUUCGAAACCUCCUUACACAGAGUACAUAUCAACUAGGUGGUACCGUGCACCAGAGUGUCUACUUACAGAUGGCUAUUAUUCUUAUAAGAUGGACCUUUGGAGCGUCGGCUGUGUUAUAUUUGAAGUAAUGAGUUUACAUCCCUUGUUUCCGGGUUCUAAUGAAGUAGAUCAAAUUGCCAAAAUCCAUGACAUUAUGGGCACACCUGACAACACUGUACUUAAUAAACUUAGGAAUAAAAACCGAGGAAUGAAUUUUAAUUUUCCUCAGAAGAGUGGGUCUGGUAUAGAAAGACUACUACCUCAUGCGUCUAAGGAGUGUAUGGAUCUUAUAUAUCAGCUUUGUACAUAUGAUCCUGAUGAGAGAAUAUCAGCUAAGCAAGCUAUAAGGCAUCCUUAUUUUAAAGAUUUAAGAGAUGCUGAAAAACGUGUUCAAGCUAUGGCUAAACUGCCGUCCAAAGUAGAUGAGUCAAACAAAGAUAGGCCUAAUUCCGCUAAUACAGACAUUCCCAAGUCACAUAUGUCAAAGGAUUUACCAUUAAAUGCUAGGCAUAGGAGACGGAGGAGACAAAAGAAAUUAUCUGACGUAGACAAUGUCCAACACAGUAGUCUAUUUCCUAAAGUGUCUCAGGCAGCAACUCUACACAGUACAACGUUUCCCACAGCGUCAUUUCCUGCAACGUUUCCAAAAUUACAUCAUCAUCACAUGUUACCUAGUAUUGCAAAUUCUCACUACAACAAGCAUCAUCACCAUCAUCAUCACCAUCAUAAGAAGUCCACUUAUGACAGUCAUACUAAAAACAUGUACGGACACUAUCAACUGCCGUCCAUUGAUAGAAGUGGUAAAGGCGGAUUCUAAUAACCAAAUCAUACUUGGUGUUUUACAAGAUUUAUUUGUAUUGAGUACAGCCACCUUAGUGUGGAGGUUAGACGGUGGCCACUUAUCGUUACAUGAAUGCAGUGAAGCUUUAUAAACAAACACAUCUACUGUAGCAGCAUAUCGAGGGCAACCCCAGUAUAUGGUUUUGAUGAAUUUUCCAUGGUUUUUACAUUUACAAUCAUGUACCGUUCAAAUUGUAGAAUCUAGAGUUAUCUAUUUUUGUAAUAGAAUUGUUUUAAAAAAAAAAUUGUUGGUAUUGUAAAUAUUUUUAAUAAAAUUGACUAUCGCAUACAUAUAUGUGCUAUUACCUCUGUUGAUAAAUAUAAUAUAGAUACUGUAUAAUGAUGUUUUGAUUUUUUUUUUAUAAUUGGUAUUGUCAUUGCUGGCAAGGACUGCUUAAUUUGUUUUUGUUUAAAUUUUUUAGCAUGACAGUGUCUCUUUCUCGUUAUUGUAAACAAAAUAGUCUGAUUUAGUGAUAUCUAAGUAACAACUAUCAUCACAAAUAAUAUAUUCAAACAGUAUUUCUCACUUUUUCCGUCCUUUCAAUGAAUUAUGUCUGUGUUUUACAGGUUUCUAUUAAUUUGUUAUUUACAUAUAAACCACUAUAUUUGCCAGUCUUUUGAGAAUUUCUAUCUUACUCAAUGUAUCUCAAGCAGAGCUCAUCAGACUUGUCUUCAAGGUCAGUUAUUGGGCAGAGUUUUUAAACUUGUCCUUCAUUAGAAACACUAAUUUCUGAGUUUGUAAUGCGACGGUACUGAGAGUCAAAUGUUUGAUUCAGUGAAUUGAGCUUGUGUACUUGCAUUUGAUUAAGUGUUUUGUUUUGUUUGCCAAGAUGGCUGCUGAUAAUUCACAUCAUUUUCAUGGUAUUAUAUAAGCAAGCAAAUACCGCAAAAGAUCACAAACUAUAAAUAGGUUGCACUUUUAUGGGAAGACCCUGAAGUCUUCCUUGUAUCUUGAAUUGCACUGUUUCUUCAGUUUCAAGAAUUCAGUUAUAUAUAUUCAGUUAAGAACACAAAUCAUGGCUGAAGGUAAAAACGGUUGUAUAUAGAAGGUAAGCCAAAGAUCAGAAAAUGAAGUUCUGCUAAAUAUGUGCAGACCAGUAGUCUGGUAUUGGAAAAUAUUUUUGUACAGAUACAAUAGCUGAAAUAUGGAAAAUCUUGAUCCGUCCUUAAAGUUUUAAUCGUUUUUGUCAAAGAAAAAAACAUUUACUAAACAAUUAAAAGUUAACAAUAUUUUAGCUUCUGUGUACUGAAAGUGCAAAAUUAUGUUUCGGGCAAUUCUAUCUGUUCCAUUGAGAUCCAGAAUUAUUUAUUGCAUUUAUUGUCACAUUGAACAAAUAAAAUAAAAAAACUAGCAUUUUUACAAAGUGUACAGGAGCUCUUCUGAGUUUUACUUUGGUAUGGGUUUCAAGUUGACUGGUCCCAGAGAUGAAGCGCCCUCUAUCUGAGGUUGGAGGUGUACUUUUUCGCUCUGUGCCUUGCUACACUUUAUUCAUUAUGUACAUUUUGUUUUUAAAGUAUACCAUGACUAUGCAACCAUUGUAUGGAAUGUUGAAGUCAUUAAAUACAUUUUUAUUUGGAAACGUA